UCCUCAUUGGGCUGCCAGUUUCUCGGCUGUACGCGGCUGCACGAGUGUUUACCUCUGCCUCGAUAAACGAUAUUAUCAUUAUUAUUGUUAUUAUUAUUGUUAUUAUUAUUAUUAUUAUUAUUAUUCGUGACCUUAUCCGGCUUGGAAUCGGUUUCAAGAUCAAUUUUAAGAGAGAGAGAGAGAUAAUAAUAACAACAAAAACAAAAACAAUAACAACAACGGCAAAAGGAAGAGGAGAGCUCGCAGAGGUCUCUUUUUUUCCGUCUCUCGAGUCAAGGACGCACAGAUUCUGCGAGUGCAGCUUCUGAAUUGGUUGGAAGCUCACCGUGUCGGCUCGUCGUCUCUGGAUAUAUUGAUCUUUCGUUCCCUUUUUUUUUUUCCUUUUCUUUUCUUUUCCUUUCCUUUCCUCCCUCCGUCCCUCUUUUGCGCAACAUCGAGAGAAACUCUCGCGAAACUCACCGAGAGGGCGAGGACGACAACCGUGUUCUCUUCUUCUGGCUCUGUGUGACACCGCAGACGGGAGUUACACCCACCUUCGACGUAAGGAAGACGCAGCUGAGGGUGGACGCGGGGGAGUUUUUCGAAAGGAAGGAGGAACGAUGGCCACUUACGCGACCUACAGACACGUCGAGCUCGACAAUGUUGGAUACGGGAAGAAAAGGGUGUUGAAACCCCCUGGUGGCGGAAGCAGCGACAUUUUCGGCGCGGCGCCCGAAGAGACUAGCCCCCGCCGCGUGAAGAACCACAACCAAUCGCAGCUGGGCUCCGCUUUGUUCGGCGAUACAGCACCGAACAACAGCAACAGCAACGAAACGCCGCGCAACAAGCCCGGUAAUGAUUCAUACAAUCGCCUGUUUGGCCCUCCCGAUGCCCCACCCACCACCCCAAACGCGAAAAAUCACAUGCGCAGCAAUAUCUCCCUCAGCGGGGAGUCGAUGUCCUCGUCGGUGUCGUCGGGCGCCGCAACGUCGCCCGCGAAGAGCACCGGAAGCUCGGACUCGAUCGCGGGCGUUCUCAACGGAUACGCGGCCAGCAAUGGCAACAAUAUGACCAACGAUGUCACAGCUUUUAGGAGAAUCAAACGAUUUCGUGGAUCGUCCUGCUUAAUGCGCAACCCGGUCACCGGAGACGGAGUUGACGUGACGCCUAUAAGGCGCAGCACACGAAGGUGUCGAGAUGGCAACCCGGUAACCGGAAUUGGUUAUGGAGAAUCACAAAACAACGGACCAGCUGUGCAAAAUGGAACGACUAGCUCGAAUUCCAGCGAGAAAUCGAACGAUACAUCGCCAGCAGCAAAAGUUCCGGCACGCACACGCGUGCCACCUGGUGGAUAUUCAUCCGGACUGUGGUAAAAAUCUGUGGCCUCUUGGACAACCGCUAAUCGGCAUUUUCCUUUCGAUUGGCGUAAACCCUUCCAGUAUUGGUAAAUUUGAAGAAAAUCGGAUCUUCAUUAAUAUCACUUCAAGAAUAUUGCUGUGAAUUGGUUGAUCCCUUAUUUCGAUCAAGAAAAGGAAGGAAAACUGAUUGUACGAAUUCUUUCGAAUGAUGAAUUGUAUUUUUCUGAUUUAUAUUAUUCAUAUGUGACGAUAGAUAGAUGUGUCAUGUUGAUCUUUGUAGUUAGAUUCGUUUCAAUAUUAAUUAUGGUUCGUGAUUUAUAUCGUUCGUUUGAAGUACGAAUGAGUUUUUAUAUUACGUAGAUUGAAAAGAAGUGGAAAUUUAAAGAUUAUAUGGUAUAAAUACGAGUUAUUCAGGUUUGUAUUGUAUUCUAAAUUUAUAUUCCAAAAAUCGUAUCUUAUUUGGAUUUAUUCAUAAGUUACAUUCGUUAUUUUCACUUUUUUAUAUUCGACUAUUUUUUGUUUUAUGUUCUAGAUUUUCCUCUCUGACUUAUCAUUGAGGUUAGUUAAUGAUGUUCGUCUUUUAUUUAUUUAUUUUUCUUUCGCGUUCUUUUUAUUGAUCUUUCUGUUCAAUUGAAAGAAAUCGAUUUUUACGAUGACUAAAUAAUAUUCUUUCGUUAAGUUAGACAUUGCACUGGAAGGGUUAAUAACAACAACACAGAGAAAGUAAACUGAAAAGAGCAAACUGUCAUCUUUGUGACAAUUCUUAGGUCCUAAUUGCCGAAGCGAAUAGAAUAGUUGUUCGGUUUUCACUAUAAAAAAAAGAAAAAAAAGAAGAAAAAUGAAAAUAAAUACGUCAUUCCUUUUCUCUUCUGAAAAUCCCCAUUUUCAUGAUUUUUUUGUAAACGCAUAAUUUUAUUCAGGGGAAAAUAAAAAUUGUUCAUUUUUUGAAUCAUGAAAGAUACGAAAAAUUUUUGAAGGAGGAUGUAAGAUAGUUUUUCUCGAAUAUAUCUUGUUUUCGAGAGAAUUUUUGCCUCUCUACCCCUUUCCAAUGUCCGGCCGUUCUCUUUUGAACUGCACCUUUCUAUAAUAUUCCAGAGAUCGUGUUAUUCUAAGGUAUCGAUAUUCUUUGAACCGUUAAUCCUACAUUGAUAAGAGAAUAACGAGAACAGAGAGAGUAAGAAACAGAAAAAAAGAAUGAAAGAAGAAAAAAGUAUGGAAUUAUAUUAUAAAAGGAGAGAGAAAGACAUAAAAGACGAAUAAAAUGAUUUUUUUCUUUCUUUUUUUUCAUGGAGUAUUUCGAAAUAUAAAAAUUAUGAAGGAUGUAGAAAGGGAAAGAAAAAAUAGAUCGAUUGAAAAAUGAAUCCUGCCAAAUUUUGAAAGGUAAAAAAUUAAAAGUGAACGCCAUGAAAAUCACGUUUUAAAUUGAUAGACUGUUGUCGAUUGAUUUUUUCUUCGGAUAAAUAAAUCAAAUCGUAACUUGUUUGAUGAUGAAUAGCGAAAAAUUAAUGAAAAAAAAAAAAAAGGUACGAACGUCCAGAAUGAAAUAGAGAGAUAGACCGUGAUUAACUUGAAUGUAAUAAGGAAUAAUUAUAAAAUUAGAAAACGUUCGAUAAAACCUCGGAAUUGUAUAUUAGAAGUAGGCAUGUGUUAUUUGAAAGAAAAAAAAAAGUAAUAACAAUAAUAAUAAUAUUAAUAAUAAUAAUAAUAAUAUUAAUAUUAAUAAUGAUAAUAAAAAUACAUCAUAUAUAACCCAUUAAAAAAAAUAUGGUCAAGUGCUUUCUUAAUUUUUGUGCCUUUUUAAUAAUCGUAUCUAGUUUUUUCUUCUGCAUGAACGCCAUUUGUAUAAUUUUAUAGAGAGCACAGUUCCUUUUUCUUUAUCGAUUGUUUUAAGUUUUUUCAUUCAUUCGGUAAAAAAAGAAAAAAAAAGGAAAAAACGGAAAAACGACUUUCAGGCAUCGAAGAAUAAUAAUCAUGAAAAUAAUAUUAAUAGUAAAUUUACUAUUUACGCAAAUAAUCAUCCUUAAUCGAUCAAUAUACAUAAAGGAUUAGGUUUAAUUCUAUUUAUCGCUGUAAUACUUACUCUUUUUGAAACAAAGAUUCAACAUAAUUCUAUCAGACGAAAUAAUCAAUAAUCAUUCAUUUUUUAUAGUUGUUCGCUAUUUGCUUUUUUGUUAUUUCACAAUAAUGUAAGGAAUUGUAUUUAUUAUUUCAUAGUAAGAUUCGUGCACACGAUUUCUCUUACACUCGAAAUAAAAAAAAAAGAAAAAGAGAAGAAAUGAUAUUUCUUCAUCAUUUUGGUGUGAGUAAAAAAUUAUAUUGUUUGUAUUGCAUCAUAUUCUCGUCUCAUAAGUAGCUCUUUUGUACUCUGGCAUUAAUUAAUAAAAUUUUGUAAGCAA